UGGUUGUCUAACCGCGGACUGUUCGGACGUGAAAAGACAACGGUCCCAGAAAACAUAAUUUCCCCAACCAAUCGAAGUAUAGCAAGACAGUCAGACGCACUACAAAAAUGCCUCCAGCCGCAAACAACCAGGACAUUUAUUUAAAUGUGAAAAACUCUAUAGAGAAGACAUUGUUAGAAAGAAUAAUGAUAUUUGAUGGCGGAAUGGGAACCAUGAUUCAGCAGCAACGGUUUGAGGAAGAGGAUUUCAGGGGUACUGCAUUUGUUGAUCAUCCCAAAAGUUUGAAAGGAAACAAUGAUUUGCUUAGUUUGACCAAACCAGACGUUAUUUAUAAAAUUCAUAAGGAUUAUUUUGAAGCAGGAGCUGAUUUCGUUGAGACAAACACAUUCAGUGGUACCACCAUUGCACAAGCAGAUUAUGGUUUAGAACAUAUGGUAUACAGACUAAAUCAUGAGUCAGCCAAAAUAGCCAAGAGAGCUGCCAAUGAUGUCACAGCAGCCACAGGUGUACAGAGGUAUGUUGCAGGAGCCAUGGGACCAACCAAUAGAACCUUGUCAAUUUCACCAUCAGUAGAAAAACCAGAUUUCAGAAAUAUAACGUUUGAUGAAUUAGUAGAUGCCUACUAUGAACAAGCUAAAGGUUUACUAGAUGGAGGAUCAGAUGUUCUACUUAUUGAAACCAUAUUUGAUACAGCUAACUCUAAGGCAGCCAUUUUUGCAGUUAAUAAGCUUUUCCAGACAGAAAACAUAGAGUGUCCAGUAUUUAUAUCUGGAACCAUUGUAGAUAAGAGUGGGAGAACAUUAUCUGGUCAGACCACGGAAGCAUUUAUCAUAAGUGUAUCUCAUGCUAAUCCUAUGUGCUUGGGUUUAAAUUGUGCUUUAGGAGCAGUUGAAAUGAGACCAUUCAUUGAAGCAAUCAGUAACAACACUACUGCAUACACCAUAUGUUAUCCAAAUGCAGGUUUACCAAACACUUUUGGAGAUUAUGAUGAAACACCAGAAAUGAUGGCUGGACACAUAAAAGCUUUUGCUGACGAUGGAUUUUUAAACAUAGUUGGUGGAUGUUGUGGAACCACGCCAGAGCAUAUAAAGGCUAUUGCUGAUAUAGUUAGGAAUAAAAAACCCAGAGUUCCUCCAACAGACCUGAAGUCAGGAUACAUGAAAUUAUGUGGAUUAGAACCAUCCUACAUUGGACCAUUUACAAACUUUGUUAAUAUUGGAGAGAGAUGUAAUGUGGCAGGCUCUCGGAAAUUUGCUAAACUUAUAACUAAAGGGGAUUAUGAUGAAGCACUAAGCAUAGCUAAGACACAAGUGGAAAAUGGAGCACAAAUAUUAGAUAUAAAUAUGGACGAAGGAAUGUUAGACGGAAUCAAGGCCAUGACAAAGUUUGUCAAUCUAAUUUCAUCAGAACCAGAUAUUGCAAAAGUGCCACUGUGUAUAGAUUCUUCAAACUUUGCUGUGGUAGAAGCAGGAUUGAAAUGUACACAGGGGAAGUGUAUAGUAAACAGUAUCAGUCUAAAGGAAGGAGAGAAAGAUUUCUUAGACAAAGCUAGUAAAGUAAAGCAGUAUGGAGGGGCUGUUGUUAUUAUGGCAUUUGACGAAGAAGGCCAGGCCACAGAUACAGCAAGGAAAGUAGAAAUCUGCACUAGAUCAUAUAAUUUAUUGGUGGACAAAGUUGGUUUUAACCCUAAUGACAUUAUAUUUGAUCCAAAUAUCCUGACCAUUGCUACAGGGAUGGAAGAACAUAAUGGAUAUGGUAUCACAUUUGUUGAAGCUACGAAGAAAAUAAAAGAAACAUUACCAGGUGCUAGAGUUAGUGGAGGUGUAUCAAACUUCUCAUUUUCAUUUCGUGGAAUGGAAGCUGUCAGAGAAGCCAUGCACAGUGUGUUUCUCUAUCAUGCUAUUAAGAGUGGAAUGGACAUGGGAAUAGUAAAUGCUGGAUGUUUGCCUGUAUAUGAUGAUAUUGAACCUAAAUUAUUGGAGUUGUGUGAAAACCUUCUGUGGGAUAAGGAUCCAGAUGGCACAGAAAAACUGCUAGUAUAUGCUCAGGGAAUGAGUAAAGAUGCUAAAAAAGGUGUAGUAAGUGAUGAAUGGAGAGAAAAAGAUGUGGAAGAGAGGUUACAAUAUUCACUAGUGAAAGGUAUAGAUAAGUUCAUUGUAGAAGAUACAGAGGAAGCCAGAGCUAACAAAGAUAAUUAUCCUAGACCUUUAAAUGUUAUUGAAGGACCUUUGAUGAAGGGUAUGAGUGUGGUUGGUGAUCUGUUUGGAGCUGGGAAGAUGUUUUUACCCCAAGUAAUAAAAUCUGCCAGAGUGAUGAAGAAAGCUGUGGGACACCUUAUACCAUUUAUGGAGGAAGAAAGACAACAAAAGAUUGCACUGGGAGGGGAUGAUGAUGAAGGAAGUCAGUAUACAGGAGUUGUAGUUCUAGCCACUGUUAAAGGAGAUGUACAUGACAUUGGUAAAAACAUUGUAGGGGUGGUAUUAGGAUGUAACAACUAUAAAGUAAUAGAUUUAGGGGUAAUGACACCAUGUGAAAAGAUCUUGGAGACAGCAAUACAGGAGAAAGCAGAUUUUGUUGGUUUGUCAGGAUUGAUUACUCCUUCACUUGAUGAAAUGAUCUUUGUUGCAAAGGAAAUGGAAAGAAUAGGAAUGAAAUUGCCAUUGUUGAUAGGAGGCGCCACUACAUCUAAAACACACACUGCUGUAAAGAUCGCACCAAGAUAUUCACAACCAACAAUACAUGUACUAGAUGCAUCCAAAAGUGUAGUCGUUUGUUCCUCUCUGCUGGAUGUGAACAAUUUUGAUGAAUUCACAGAUGAAAUUAAGGAGGAAUAUGAAGAAAUAAGAGAUGAACAUUAUGAUUCUUUAAAGGACAGAAAAUAUCUGAGUUUACAGAAAGCAAGAGAAAAGAAGUUGUGCAUAGAUUGGGUUAAUGAUCCACCAGUAGGAAGGCCUACAUUUUUUGGAGUGAAGAAAUAUGAAAAUUAUGAUUUAAAUCAUCUGGUGCCGUACAUAGAUUGGAAACCUUUCUUUGAUGUAUGGCAACUGAGAGGAAAGUAUCCAAACAGAGGCUACCCUAAAAUCUUCAACGAUAAACAAGUUGGACCUGAGGCAAAAAGAGUGUACAAUGAUGCACAAACAUUACUGAAGAAGUUAAUAAAUGACCAGCGACUCAAAGCCCAUGGUGUGGUAGCUUUCUACAGAGCUAACAGUAUAGGAGAUGACAUAGAAGUAUAUGGUGAUGAUGGUCAGGUCAUAACUGUCUUACGUGGACUUAGACAACAGGCAGAGAAGGAUGUAAAUGAUAAGAGUGCCUAUUUGUGUCUGUCUGAUUUCAUAGCUCCAAAGGAGUCAGGAAUGGUAGAUUACAUUGGUUUGUUUGCUGUCACAACAGGUCAUGGAGUCCAGGAAAUAUGUAAAGAAUAUGAAAAAGAGUAUGAUGAUUAUGGAAUUAUAAUGACAAAGGCAUUAGCUGACAGACUAGCUGAGGCAUUUGCUGAAGAGAUACACGAGAAAGUGAGAAAAGAAUUAUGGAGUUAUUCCAAGGAAGAAGUUAUGGAAACACAAGAUUUACUCAAAGUUAAAUACAAGGGAAUUCGACCAGCUCCAGGAUAUCCAAGUCAGCCAGACCAUACAGAGAAGGAAACUAUGUGGAAAUUACUACAGGCUUCAGAUGUAGGAAUACAGUUAACAGAGUCUUUAGCGAUGGACCCAGCAGCGUCUGUAUCAGGAUUAUAUUUUAGUCAUGGAAAAUCAUCAUAUUUUGCCACUGGAAAGUUGGCUAAAGAUCAGAUUAUAGAUUAUGCAAGCAGGAAAGAAAUGAAAGUGAGUGAUGUUGAACGAUGGCUGGGAUCAGUGUUGGCAUAUGAUCUAUCUGCCCUGUAA